AUGGGUGCGCACGAGUAUGCGGCCGAGGCCGCAGGCAAUCCCCACAGCUCCGUCGGCGACGGCCUCAGCUCGUCGUGGACCGCGGUCGGGCACGCCUGGGCUGGGACGAGCACCUCCUCAGAGCCCCCCGCCUCACUCUCGCCGCAAUACACGGCAGAGCCAACCUCGGUUGACGUCUCGCUGCUCAUGCAGCAGCAGCGGCAGAUGGCCGAGCGCCCCAAGCAAAUGGAGGCUAUGAUGGCAGCCCAGCAGCGCGCACACGCACUCGAGAAGGUGCGCAUGGACCUGCAGCUGGCUACGGCCGAGGCGACCACCGUGGCGAAGGGCGGCGAGGCGCCUACGCUCCGCGCCAGCGCAAACUUCCUGCAGAGCUGCAUCCACGUCCAGGCCAUGUGGCGAGGCCAGGCCGUGGCGUCGCGCUACAAGACCGAGCGGCUCAUGGCGACGGACAUUCAGGCCGCCAUGCGCAAGUGGCUCGCAACGCGGCAACUCGUUGCAGCGCGGGGAGCGGCCAUCAAGCUUUCCGCCUCUGCGCGCCGCCGCGCCGCCGUCCUCGAGCGGGCGUGGCUGCUGCGCGAGAGGUCGGCUGCACGGGUGCAGGCGGCCUUCCGAGCGUACAAGGCGCAGGUGCUCGACGCGCCUGCGGUGACCAAGUCGCGUCUCAUCGCACGGCGCCUGCAUGAGGAGAGCCUGAACCGCGGCGCGCUUCGAUUCGCCGAGGUGAAAAAGGCGGCGGCGGUGGCAGCGGUGCGGGUGGCAGCAGAGGCAGAUGAGGCGGUGCUGGCAGCGGCGUUGACGGCGGCAGAAGCGGACAAGGCCGCUGCAAUGGUGGCGCGGGCGGCAGCAGAGAGGAGCAACAGGGCGGCGGUGGCGGCGGCGGUGGCGGCGGCGGUGGCGGCGGCUCGCGUGGAAGCAGAAACGGACCAGGCGGCAGCGUUGGCGGCAGUGCGUGCGACGGCAAAGGCGGACCAAGCGGCGGCGGUGGCGGCGGCUCGCGCGGAAGCAGAAGCGGACAAGGAGGCGGCGUUGGUAGCCACAGUGGCAGCAGCAGAAGCGUACGACGCCCAAACCGAAAUUCCUGUCCCAUCCUGCGAUGGUGGGGCGGGACUGCCGUUUCAGCCGUCAUCGCACUUCCGAGGGCAGCAGCCCGGCUACGUGUACCGUAUCGGCCAUCUGGGUCUGGGAUACUACCCUGACAACGAUGCGAUGAUGGCAGAGGCGGUGAGGGUAGCCUCUGCGACGCGCAUUCCAUUCCCACGAGCGCCUCAUCAGCCGCAGUGGCUCGUGCGAUGA